AUGGCCUCAUCUGCGGAUGGACUGGGCAUAGCAAGAGCUGGAGCUCUUUUUCUGCUGGCGGACUUGCCAGGAGGAUGUGCCGAGUCGCUGUCUGAAAAUGCCAGGUGCAUGUCGAUGGCACACUGCAGCGGCAUUUCUUGCACCCUCGAUGAGACGAAAUGCUGGCUGUACGCGGCCCCAGAGAUGGAAGGAAUGCAAGGAGACUGGUGCAAGGACUCGAGCACCACAGGAAUCUUGAGGAAAAACAUCUUGGACGUGGAUUCGGAGUUCAACUCCUGGCUGAAAAUUCGGCCUGACUAUAGAAGCCUGACGAACCAGCUCCAAGCGCACGAGGAUGUGAAAGACUUCUUGGAGACGAUGUGCCCAUGGUUUUUGGACGAGCACCUCUACUGGGACUCUCAGAUCAAGCGUCGUGUGUCUCCUGUUGAGAGGUGUGCUCAGACACGGGGCUAUGAUGUGAAGUCGUGCAGUGACCAGCAGAAGAUGAAGGAAGAGAUGUGUGCUGCAGCUGACUUGUGGAACAGCCAGCAGCGCUCGCAGCUGGUGAGCACUGCCCUCACACAGGUGUUGAUGACUUGUGGCCGGCAUUUCUGUGGCGUGAACGAGUGA